CCCCUCCCCCGCGGGGCCGAGCAGCCCCCGCCGUCCCCGCCUCUGUGGCAGGGAGCAAGCGAGCGCCUCCUGCUGCGAGUCGCUCCCUGCCUCUCCUUGCAAAUCCUUCCCUGCAGGCCGCUGUUGCUCCCCCCGAUGUCCAGUGCUGCCCCCUGCCAAGGGCCGAGCGGGCUGGAGGACGGGCCGAAACCUGCCGCGCCCUGCUCAGCUUCUCGGAGAUGCCAGUGGCAGGUUGUGACUGAUGCGGCCUCGAGGUAGUUUCGCUUAACGAGGUUAUGGGAGAGAGAGAGCCAUGUCCGAAGAAGCAGUUAGUGAGACGCACUUUUCUCUGAAGACAGCAGCUUUACGAGUGUUUCAUCUUCCCCUUUCCUGGUAUUAUUCUCUCAUCCAGAUAAAGCUUUCUCCUGGGUUGAAGAAGCUGUUUGCAGUAACAGCAGUGAGUGCAGUAUCUGUAAUUUUUCUGGCCCGCCAUUUUAAAAGAAGACGAGGAAAGAAAAGCCGGAAAGUGUCACCAUGGGAACCAGGCCAUCUUUUGCUAGAAUGUACAAAAACGGCUGCAUCGGAAAAAGGUUCCAGUUGUUCCAGUAGCAGACAAAACUUGACCCUUUCUUUGAGUUCAGCCAAAGAAAAAGGAUCUCAGUCUUGUAUCUAUGCAAAUGGAGGACCUUUUAGUAAAUAUUCUGGUUCAGUACAGAGUUUGGCCUCGGUUCAAAGUGCCACCUCCUGUCACAGCUGUGUUUGUGCCAAUUCCAAUUCCUGGGAUAAAACAGAUGAAGAUGAUAUUAAACUUGUCAAUAUUCCAGUUACUACUCCUGAAAAUUUGUACUUAAUGGGUAUGGAGCUUUUUGAAGAAGCACUACGUCGGUGGGAGCAGGCACUGACUUUCCGUACCAGACAAGCUGAAGAUGAAGCAAGUUGUAGUUCCAUCAAACUAGGAGCAGGAGAUGCCAUCGCAGAAGAGAGCGUAGAAGAUAUCAUUAGUGCUGAAUUCAUUCAUAAGCUUGAAUCCCUUCUUCAAAGAGCUUAUCGUCUCCAGGAAGAGUUUGAGGCCACUCUUGGUGCUUCUGAUCCUGCUUCCCUAGCUAAUGAUACUGAUAAAGAUACAGACAUCACUGUGAAGGAUAAUACCGAUGAUUUCUGCCUGCGAGAUACAUUGAGCAUUGCAUCAACAGACUCCUUUGUUUCAGCAGCUGAGCUUACAGAGCACAGAGAGAUCCGAAAUACCUAUGGUCUAGAUACUCUUUGCCAUUGUCCAUUAUAUGAAGAAGCCAUGCACUUAGCAGAGGAGGGCAAAAUAUAUUCCAGAGUAUUAAGGACUGAAAUGUUUGAAUGUCUGGGAGACAGUGACUUUCUUGCUAAGCUUCACUGUAUUCGACAGGCUUUUCAGGUAAUACUUUCAGAGACAGCCAACAGAAUAUUUCUUGCUGAAAGUGGAAGAAAAAUUUUGUCUGCGUUAAUUGCGAGAGCGCGAAAGAAUCCAAAAAAAUUUGAAGAUGUUUUUGAUGAAAUGAUAUAUUUUUUAGAGCAAACUGACCAUUGGGAUAAUACUGAAAUGGAACUUGCUGCUAGAGGGGUGAAAAAUCUAAAUUUUUAUGAUGUUGUUCUGGAUUUUAUACUCAUGGAUUCUUUUGAAGAUUUAGAGAAUCCACCUAUAGCUAUACAGAAUGUGGUGAACAACCGCUGGCUAAAUUCUUCCUUUAAAGAAACUGCAGUAGCUUCAAGCUGUUGGUCAGUAUUGAAGCAAAAACGUCAGCAAAUGAACGUACCUGAUGGGUUUUUUGCACACUUCUAUGCCAUUUGUGAGCAUAUCAGCCCUGUUUUGGCAUGGGGAUUUCUGGGCCCGAGAAACUCUCUAUAUGAUUUAUGCUGCUUCUUUAAGGAUCAAGUACUUUUCUUCCUCAAAGACAUUUUUGACUUUGAAAAAGUGAGGUAUUCAACUAUGGAAAGUUUAGCUGAAGAUCUUAUGCAAUUACUAAUCCGACGCACUGAACUUUUAAUGGCCUACCUUGGAGCGGAUUCACUGAGACAUGUCAGUGGUUGUAUCAGUGGUCAUGGGCAUGUCGUGGCCACUGGGCUUUUGGAAGCAAAAGUACAAUAAGCUUAAAGAUGACCACACACAAUCACAUGCACCUUGAUUUUCCCCUCACCCAGGGCUAUCAUUACUGUUAUUGAGCAAGCAUCUGAAAUUUUCCAUGUCACUAAAUAUAGAAUGGACUCAGGGAGGUUUAAAAGAAAAACAUCUAGGGAAGGAACUGGUAAGCAUAUUACUGUACAUAUUAAAUAAAAAAAAAUACAGCUCAGCUGUCACUGUAUUUACAUGUAAUGUAUCCCAAAGCUUUUUUUCUGCAAUACUUGGAUAAAAUUUAUGAAUACUGUGCGUUUGCCACAGAUUAUUUCUGAGUGAAGCUAAUGUAUGGUAAGUGGAGUUGUCUCAUUGUAUGAAACUGUCAGAACAAAGUCUUAAAAGCUCUACCAUGUGUGUUUCUACCUAGAAAGUGUUUCAGACAAGGUAUACACCAUCUUCAAUUUAUGUGACAGAUGCAAUAAAAUAAUUAUACAUGCAGUGACAUGUUUAACUUUCCCUGAAUUGCAUUUGUGCGGGUGUAGGUUGUCAUUUUAUACUGAAGCAUAAUGGAGUGAUGCAGUAAAUGCAGUCACCAUUUGGGCAGUAAUGACUUCCAAUAUGCAUUGUUCAUGCAACUUUUCAUCAUGUAAUUUAAGUGAAAAAUGUAAAUGCAGAUUGACGUUGUCUUAAUGGAUGUAAAGAAAUCAUCACUGAGAUUUACAUUUGAAAUCACUAUUGUGAGAUCACUAUUUACUGUAUCUAAAAGAAAUGACACUUUAAUGGAUCAAUACAUUGGUUUAAAAAUCAUCCUUCUAGAGCUCAUAAAACUUUAUAUCAGGGGUGUCAAAGAUGCAGCCUGUGAACUGGAUCUGGUCUGCAGAGCCCUAUAAUCUGGCCCCUGGUGCUUCCCCUGGGUCCUGGAUUGGACCAGCAUACUGCUGUGGUGCACACUGGACCAGCCCCCCAUGCUGCUUGGGAAGCAUGGGGCUGGGCUGGUGCACAUUGUGGGUGAUGCAUGGAGCCAGUCCAGAGUGCAUGUUGCUGCACUCUGGUCUGGUCCAGAGUAUAUGCUGCUACUGCGCUCAGGGCAGGUCCAGGUCACAGGCUUCUGGCUACACUUCAGGCUGGUUUGGGUCACAAAUUGCUGUUGAACUCCAGGCUAAUCUGUAUCACAGGCUGCCUGCGGCACUGUACCCAACCUUCCCCAUGUGCUGAAUCCAGUAUGCAGGGCCAGUCUUCAGGAUGGAUCCAGCCAAAGUACCCACCCAGGGCUACUUAUCCAGCCCACAAGGCCUAAUGAGUUUGACACCCCUGCUUUAUAUGAUAGUUUUUGGAUAAUUAUUGUCAUUCUUGGUUUAAAUGUAGUAUUUUAACUAAGGAUAGAUGAUCAAACCUAUUAAUCAUGAACCAGUAUUGAAAAACAUGUUGCUUUAUGUUUAAAAUCUUUCUCUAUCUCCACUUACCCCCAAAAAAACAAUAAAUAUUUGACCUUUGGCAUAUGACUUACUGUCUACAUAUGCAUACAAAACUGAUGCUCGAAACUUUUAGUUGUUGUUUUGAAUCUUCAGAUAUAGUUUUGGAGGCAAAAUAUGUUUCCUGGAUAUUUCAGAACAUCUUUUGCAUAGAACUUUAAAGGAAUUAGUGAUAAUCCAACAUCUGAAGAUCACAGAGCCUAGAAUAAAUUUAUCUUUUGAAAUAGCUUUCUAAAUUUCUUAAGUCCUAGGUUCUGACAUUUAAAGCUUCAAGGCUGAAAAUGUGGCAGGUGUAAUAUUCCACGGUGAGCAGAGCUUAGUACAAUUAUUUCAGCAAAUCUAUUACUUUACAAAAAUGCAGCUUCAAAGCAGCCAGUACUAUUCAGAUUCAGGUCAAUUUGGCAAAGCGGUUUUGUCCAAGAAAAAAAAAUUAAAAUAAUUAAAAUGUCUAAUCAAACCAUUUGGACACUUCCAAAAGGAAAUACAUGCUUAUUUUUUUGUUAGAUUGAAAGAGGAACUUGGAAGGCAUUCACUAAGUUAGGGAUGAUGUAAUGGUGGCGAUGAUAGUCUUCUAGCCCAACAAUUAGGAGACUAGGAGACUCAGAUUCAAAGCUCCUCCCUGCCUCAUUCAGGAUUUACUGGGAUGGGUCACCCUCAAGUUACACUCACCUCCUGAUAAUAAAUCUGUGUCAUUUGGUGUUAAUAGUUAUUCAUUGAAGCAAAGACUGUAACCUGUUAUUUCUGAGGUGAGUGGUUUAAACCUGCCUCCUAGUCAUUUUGUCUAGCCCAAUGAAUAUUUAAGUAUUUAAUGAAAAGUUGAACAGCCUUACCAGGAAAGACCUGGAAUACCCUGGAAUCUAGAGAUUAGGACGAGCUCUUGGGAAGUGAUUACCUCUGUUCCAACCCCUUCUCCAAAUCAAGCAGAAAGGGAAUUGGAAUCUAGGUCUCCAUCAUGAAAGUGUGCCCUGGACACUGUACUGUAAGGUAAACAUGCAGCACCAUAAUUUUGUUAACAACACUUAGAAUUACCUUGUGAAUUAAAGCCUUCAAUUUCCAGGUUUCCCUCUGCUUAUUUAAAAUCAGGUACAAACACCUCAGAAUGAAAUAUAACAUUUGAUCCUAAAUUAAUUUUCAACUUGCCAAAAAAAUAUUGUGCUUGGUUAAAUAAAUAUUGUGCUUGGUUAAAAACAAUUUUUCAAUGUUUCAGAACAGUCAAGGAAGCAAAAACAUCAUUUGUUUGCCCAGCUCUUAUCAUAACUUAAAAAGUAAAAGUAUGAAAAGUGAACUUGAAACCUUGUUUAAUAUAUUGUUUUAGUCAAUUGAAUAUAUUAAAAUGUCCCUAUCUGAUUGUUUAUGGGGCAAUAAGUUAAAUAUGCUUCCAUUAAAAAAAAAAUUACAAACAGUGUGUAGCAUCUUAACUUUAUGGCACCAACAUCUGAGAUUUAAUGAGCCCUACUUAUUACCAUAACCUAGAAUUAGGGAAGUUCUAACUUAAUAUUAACCUCUGAUUUCUCUUUCCUCUUUUAUUUGAAAUUUUCCUUACACGACCAUAUUUUGUGACCCUUGUUUUCAAACUUUUAUGUCGGUAAUAUAACAGCUACUGCCUUUGUUUUGUUGUAAAACUAUAAAUCAGUUUCAGAUAUUUCUCAUAACGUGAUAUAGUCACUAAUCUUGCCUUUCCAUCACCACCAAAUUCUUCACUUAAAUUUUUGCAGGAAGGAUUUCUGAUCAUGUAACUUCUGAUACAAAUUUCAAACACUUACGGAGAGGAGGGGGAUGAUGCAAUUAUUCUGGGCUGUAAUAUUUUUCCUUCCUAGUUCUAGUUCUUGUUAAGCUGGAUGACAGGAGAAUUAAACUCUUCCUAACCCAGGCAUUCAUUUUAUUUUAGUUGGCUGGAGGAAGGUACAUAAACAUAUCUAUUGCUAACCAAACAUACAUCUGAAGUGCUUCAAAUGCUUGCUACCUUGGGAAGCAGAAAUGCUGAAGUUGUACUAUAGCAUUUGUGCUUGGACUACUACUGUACUUGAUAUGAAUGGUUUAUUUGCUCCAUAAUUGGAUAUAAGAAAUUAAUUUAUGACUUGUUCUACAUAAUGUUCUAUAUUUUAAUUCUUUAAACAGUUUGAAUGCAACUUUCUAUGAUAAUAAUGGCAAGUUAAGUUCAAAAGGCAUCUUAUUCUGCCCUAAUGUACUACUAGGUCAGUCAGAAACACUGGAAGAUACAAGGAUUUAAAUGUAAACAUUUAUUAGUUAUCAUUUAGUUGUAAUAAUAAUAUCACUUAAUGAUUACCUCACUGUUGUAGGUUUCAGUUUUUGUGUCUUUCAGACUAAACAUGUAUCAACUCAAGUUGGCUAAUUGUAAGCAUAUUUGUGAACUUUAUAUUGCCUAAAUGAACUGCAGUUGUAUGUAUCAAAUAAAGUAAUUCAAAUAAAUUAUUGUGGAAGAAAAAUAAUUUUAAAUUA